GCAACAUGGCGUGGCAAAAGCGAUUUUCUGGCAUAAUUUGAUGCCACACAAGCCAAUUACAAGAAGAAAUUCAGUCUUGCAUAGGACGUGAGUGAAGUUAGUUGGUGAAAUUUUCUUCUGGAGUACCAAAAAAACAAUAAUGCUUUAUAAGAAAAUUGGCUGCUUGCAAAUCCUUUGCCUUGUGCUGCUCGUCGGUGCCCAGGAGGCGGGCCGGGAGAAGCACAAGCAAAAGCGCGGAGUGGCGGAAAAUUUCGGGGAAGGCUUGAAAUUUGCCGGGCAAAUGUUUGGCAUCAACACAGCUGCUGAUGUGGCGAAUCUAGUAGCGAUGGCUUUCGCCAAAAACAAACCGGAUUUUAUGUCAAUGUUCCAACAGAAACAAACAACCGGAGAGAGCAGCGAGUCGGCGGCAACGCAGCAGGAGGCCACCUCGCAGGAGCGGGAGAAAGCGCCCGGAAAAAACCAGCAGCAAGAGACGGACGCGAGUUAUGAACAAGCGGCACAGGCGGAGAAGAACACGGCGUUCAGCACGAGUCGGUUCGUCACAGGUGUGCUGCGCAUGAUUGGCUUCGAUGCAACCAAAUUGGGCGCACUGGCGAUAAAUGCGUUAAUUUUGUUUGCACAGACGAUAGGCAGUGCGUUUACAUCGCCGCCGCGCAGCAUUAAUCCAUACGCUUCACAAACACCAUCAUCACGCACCCCUAAUGGUAAUGAGGAGGACGAUGACGUGCCCGAUGCAUUGCGUGACAGCGAACAGGAAGCACAUCAACCGCGCGCACUACGCGCCGGUACACCAAUCGACUGGUAUUUGGAGAAUCCAGAUGAGGGAAUGCGUCGCACGCUGGACGAUGCCUUGGAUACGCGGCUCACAGAUCGCAUUACGGAGAUGAUUGAGUAUGUGGAGAAGCGCGACGGCGGUCAGGGUGGUUGCAUGAAGCUGCUGAUGUGCAAAAGUUCACCGAUUAUUUGGGGCAUGCAAAGGUCGGUGAGUGAACGUGUCACAGGCAAGGCGUCCAACACCACCGAUGAGGGAGCAUCAGAAAAAGAGAAGGCGAAGCCGAAGAAAUUAUUUUCAACGGAUGUGUUUUUCGCUCAUUUUCCCACAAUGGAGGAAUUUAGCAAGCACGGCGCAGUGUGUGACGAACGCUUUGGCAAAGAGUGUAAUCUAGAUGAUAAUGCAAAAGGUGGUGGCCAAAAGCAUGCAACAAAAAAGGAGAAUAGUAACAAGUAAAAUUAAGGCGAUUGUGGUUAAUGUUAAUAAUACAAAUCA